UUGAUUUCUCCUCAUCCCUUCAACUACCAUACACAACAACACCUUGUUGUCCUCCGCCAGACUAAAAUGGGCAUUCGCGUCGGCAUUCUUCUAAUCAUCGUUUCGGUUUUCUCAGCCAUUGAUGCCAGAAUCCCAGGAAACUACGCCGGCGGCUCUUGGGAAAGUGCUCAUGCCACAUUCUAUGGCGGAAGUGACGCCUCGGGCACAAUGGGUGGUGCCUGUGGAUACGGAAACUUGUACAGCCAAGGUUACGGAGUGAACACCGCGGCGCUAAGUACGGCGUUGUUUAACAAAGGGUUUAGUUGCGGUGCUUGCUUUGAAAUUAAAUGCACACAAGACCCGCGGUGGUGCCACCCCGGAAGCCCGUCCAUUUUUAUUACCGCGACCAACUUUUGUCCGCCUAACUAUGCCUUACCUAACGACAACGGUGGCUGGUGUAACCCUCCUCGUACUCACUUCGACCUUGCUAUGCCCAUGUUUCUUAAAAUCGCUGAGUACCGUGCCGGCAUUGUCCCCGUCUCAUAUCGCCGGGUGCCAUGCAGGAAGAAGGGUGGGAUCAGGUUCACAAUCAACGGUUUCCGUUACUUCAACUUGGUUUUGAUCAGCAACGUCGCGGGUGCAGGGGACAUACAAAAGGUGUGGGUGAAAGGCACAAAGACCAACUGGAUGAGCAUGAGCCGUAACUGGGGUCAAAACUGGCAAUCAAACGCGGUCCUGGUUGGUCAGUCACUCUCGUUUAGGGUCACAGCUAGUGACCGACGCACAUCCACCUCAUGGAACAUCGUUCCGGCUCAUUGGCAGUUUGGUCAAACAUUCACUGGAAAGAAUUUCCGAGUGUAAAACAGGAUCCGAAAUCUACGGCUGAUAUUGGACUAUUGGUGUCCACUUUUACCCUUUUUUGUCGUUGACUGUUUUUGACUUUUUGUUAGUGGGUUGCUACUUUUUGUUUCAUCAGGGGCUAAAAAGCUAAUGUCUUGAAAGAUGGAGGGUGGAAAAAGAUGUGCUUGGAAAAAAUAUUAAUUUUUGGGGAUACGUAGGUUUUGUUUGUUAGGCUGAGGUGGCUACAAAAACAUGUUACCCGCAGCAAAAAUCUAAAGGGAAUAUAUGUACAAGUAUAAUUGCUUUGCUUUUAUAAGUUAGUGGCAUUUUGGUAUUUUUUGUUUUGUUUUGAGAUGUAGUAACUUUAAUUAAUGGAUUGAUUUUGGUUAUCUAUGAUA